AAGGGAGGAACAGCAUAUAACCUGCUUCUCCGCCUUCCCGCUCCCAGUUCAUCGCAGUGCAGUGGUGAAGCAGGUUACGAUUCUUAUUCCGUCGCAGAAACCACAAGCUGUAAGUGGUACUACACGAGCAAAGAUGGGUCACGUGAAUGUGGCGGUGGUGGUAGUGGCGGCGAUGGCGGCGCUGGUGGGUUGCCAGACUCAGCAGGGCAGCAGCUGCGUGGACGGGAACGGACAAGCGGGAACCUGCAUCAGCAUCCGCUCCUGCCAGCCACUGCAGCAGCUCGUGCAGGCCUUAAGAACUAACACAGGACCUCCCAACGGCUUCCAAAUUCUGCGUCGGUCAGUAUGUAACAUACAAAUUAACAGAGAGCCACUGGUGUGCUGUGCCAGCAGUGGUGGUACUGGGCUUGACUUGUUGCCCAAGCGCUGUGGAGUGACGGGUCUGGUGGACCGCAUUGUUGACGGGGAAGACGCUCCGCUGCUCGCCUGGCCUUGGAUGGCGCUGCUCAGAGGAAAAGCUCGUGGUCAGCCAAGCACUUGGAUCUGCGGUGGUGUGCUCAUAAACGCUCGCUACGUCCUCACUGCAGCCCAUUGCUUCAAGUCCAUCUUCCAAAUUGAACUGGAGUUCGUAAGGAUUGGCGAGCACACGCUGAGCACGGUGCAGGACUGUGAGAAUGGUUUGUGUGCUCCACUUGCCCAGGAUAUCUUGGUGGAGCAAAUAAUCAUGCAUCCAGAGUAUGGAUCUCCAUGCAAGGAGUGCAACGACAUUGCGCUGCUCAGGCUGUCCCAUCCCGCCCAGCUGAACCCUAUUCAUGUGGUGCCAAUUUGCCUUCCUGUUGACCCACCCAAAGACAUGGAAUUCUCUGAGGAGGAGUUCCAAGGGAAGGUUGCUUAUGCUGCUGGUUGGGGAUCUACUUCCCGGAGUCCCCUCAAUCCUGUCACUCCAGAUGUACUACAGCAGGUUCUCCUUCCCAUCAACGAGGGAAACGUUUGUAAUCAAUUGAAAAGUGGCUAUCCGAAUCGUCGAUGGACUCUGUGUGCUGGCGGGGAGGGCAAGGACACCUGCAAGGGAGAUUCAGGCGGACCACUCAUACUGAGUAAUAAAAUUGGAACCAAAGGAUUUGUGGUGGGCAUCACAAGCGUGGGACCAAAGGUGUGUGGCAGGCAGAAGACUCAGGCCCUUUACACCAAUGUUCACUUUUACGUGCCGUGGAUCCUCAAGAACCUGCGGCCUUAGAAGACUCAGCUACGCUGUAUAAAAUUAUAGAGGAACUGAAGAGACUCGUUUGGACACUUAGGGUACAGAAGGAUCUGUAUGUCCGGAGUUUUCGAAAAUGCAAAAUUAAUGAAACUCCAAGAUUCUUAUUAUUUCUUGUGAAUUUCAUGUGAAUGUAUCAGUAGAAUGAGACUUUAUGGUUUUGUCCAUUAUUAUGUGCAGUCACACAAAACUACAAAACUUUGAGUACUGUCAUACAAUUUACACAUUUGCAGUCUUAUUUCUUACACAAAAACAAGUAUCAGGGCCACAAAUACUGAUUACGCAUAGUAUCUACUAUACCAAACAGCGCACUCCGUGAAACUCAAAUAGUUUUACUGCCGAAUCUCCUACAAUGUUGGUAUAGGAUCUUUGGUAAGACGCUGCAGAAUAAUGUGGGAAAUAUUCUUAUUUAUCCUUAGAACAUAUGUAUGUAAAAUACAUUGACUUUAAAGCAAUAUGAAUCUGGAUUUUGCGAGCAUAUUCACAAAAAUGAUACUUUAUUAGUAAAUACAUUAAGACUGUCACAAGUGGUGGUGCAGAAAGCGGGGCAUUUCGCAGGGUUGAUGAUAUUUGCUGCUGUCACAAGGAAUACUAUGCAGUCUAUACAGGAGGUAGCCAGAACCAGUAUCCUUUUUCUUCACCUUAGACUGAUGUCACACCGAAGUUAAUGGAAAAGAUGUGUACGUACACUAGCCCCGUUGUUGUCAGGGACUUGUUCUCACCAGAGUUGUGUCCAUGGAGCUCAAAGGCUGAACCAGACCUAUCGAGGACAUAAGCGACAUUGUUGAUAUAUUGGUCGAUGUGUAUCUUCCACUCUGUUUUUUGCUUAAAUGCUUAAAUAAUUUUAGUAUAAUAUAUAUAAAAUAUGUAAAUAUAUGUAGUGUGUGUAGUUUAGAAUCCCGAGCAAAAGGGUGUGUCUUUAAGGCACAGACUGUUACUGUAGUCUGUGAUAUUGAUACGCAAAAACAAAUAUGCAGAGAGGAAUCGAGGAGGGUUGGCCUCCUCACUUAAGAAUCAGAGUUGUUCUUUCUCUCGGGUCUUCUAUUUAUAUUCUAUUUGGGUAGGUAAGAGACAUGCAGGGAAUGGUAUUACGAGCAGGCUUUUAUUUUUAUUUUCAUUUUUAUUGUUUUCUAUUUGUCUGUUCUCCCCAAUGCAUAAAAAAAAUACGUAUAUACAAAUGUUUUUUGUUUUCUGAAGAGUGAUCUCCAAGCCAACAUCCAGACAUUCACUAUCCUGAGGUGUGUUUGCUAUCAGAUUAAUCAAAAGUGUUGGGAAGGUAUACGUAUCACAUGUAUAUUUGGUUUAUGGUGGCGCACGAUGGCUUCCAGUCUGUCUUUAUAUGAGAGCAUGAUUGCAAGCUCAGUGAGGGAAAUCGAAGAUUGGAAAGAACUUUUCACUCCAGUAUAGUAAUGUGGGUAUUGUAGGCUUUGAAUGCAGUAACCUUUGACUAGAACCUCGAAUUUUGUUUGAAUGCAAAUGAUACUUUUCUCCACUGGCUUGCUGUCAGUGCUAAUUAUACAUAUUCAUAAAUUUACAAAACACUUUAAUGUUCACCAGACUUGUGUAUCCUUAAGGGAGUUGUCUUAGUGUUGCUUAUAUAGUUUCACUUCUGAUACAUACGAUCUUGCAAAGUUCAGGAAAAAAAUACUUUGGAGAAGUUGUAUGAGUUUCCAAUGAAAGGGUCUCUCCAUCUUUAUAGUCCAGUAGAAUCAUGAAGAUUGCAUGUUCAGUUUGGUAGUAAUAGCAUAAAUAUUGAACUUCUGAUUAUGUCUACAGACUUAGUAAACAACAUGUCUAAAAUAUGUGAUUUCUAUACUACCAUAAUGUGUAAAAUAUAGUGUAUAACUUAG